AAUGACCGACGCCAACGAUGUGCGCCAUGGUGAAUACUCGCCUAUGUACCCGUCGUGCCUGCCUAAUAGCGCAGACCCCCCUGUUUUACGAGAGCUAGGUUCGGCGAUCAGCAACACAGACCGCGAUGGCUACGCAACCGUGAGCUUGCAGAGUAUAUUGUUUUCGCAAUAGAUGAUAAUUCGAUACACAUCAUUAUGCUUCCGAAUUUGGGGAGCCCACGAACCAAACUCGCGCUGAAGGUGGUUGGCCUGGUGGCUGUUGUGUGCUUCUUCAUCCCUCUCGCCUUCGGCCUCCCCCACAGAUCACCCCGCGCAGACGUCAACAUCCCACUACGAAUACUCCCUCUCGGCGACUCGAUAACAUGGGGCUGGCAACCCACAGCCAAGGAGAAUGGCACAGACGGCUAUCGCGCUGUGCUUAUCCACGAGCUCACCUGGGCGCGCUAUGGCUCUGUCAAGUUUGUAGGCACGCAGCACUCUGGAUACAUGUACAACAACGAGAAUGAGGGGCAUUCGGGAAGCACAAUUAGUCAACUACAGGGCGUAAUGAAAGCAGGGCUAGAAAUGCGACCGAAUGUCAUACUACUCCACAUCGGCACGAAUGAUCUCGCUCGCCAGGAAACAGCAGAGGAGAAGUGGAUCGAUGCGCCGGAGCGAUUAGGAAGGCUUCUUGAUGAGAUAUUCAACACAUGUCCGGAUACCGUGGUUCUCGUUGCGAAAAUCAUACAAGCACAGGAUACACAGACGAGGGCGAACAUUCAGGCCUUCAAUGAUGCGAUACCUGGGGUGGUGAAGAUGUGGGUGGAGAAAGGUUUCAAACUUGGUGUUGCGGACCUGAGUAUCGUGGGCACGAAUGAAUUGGUUGAUGGUUUGCAUCCGUCCUAUGCUGGAUAUUCUCAUAUGGGCGAUAUCUGGUGCGAUGCCAUCAAGGCUGUUAGUAGGAAGGGAUUGAUUACGCCGCCUGUUGCGGUAGAGCGAUUGAAUGGAUAG